UAGGCAACGGUGGGCUGUUUCCCUCUCGCUCCCUCCAUUGUUUCCUGUCCCGGUCUUUCUCCAAUGCUACGGCUCUGAGGCAGUCGUGAGACCAGUCCUCAACAUCUUGGCUCGGACAAUCCACCAGUCAUGGCCUACCAGCAGCACCAGCAACACCAGUACGGGUCGCCGCACACGGCCUACUCGGCGACAGCGACACCGUCGCCGGGAGCCCAGACGUACAGCACUCUCGAGCACGACAGCAGCGUCCAGAACGGCCAGUACCCAGAGGUCUCGGCCUACUCGACGCUACCAGAGGUCGACCACUCCGCCAACCCGACCGCUGCCCAGUACGCGCACUACACACAUGCGGCAACUCCAGAGUAUUCCCACCCAGUCGCUACCGGCGGAGGAGGCGAAGUGUACAAAAAGGAGGCCGACGGCGGCGCGUAUGCCCCCGGGGCGGCGGCCGCCGCCGCUGCCGGAGUAGGAGCAGGAUCCGCGGGAGCUGGAGGGGCGGAACUAGGAGCAGCAGCCGGGCCCGAGCGGAGGAUAUGCGGCGUGAGGCGGAAGCUGUUCUGGAUCCUCCUCGCCGCGGCGGUCGUCAUCGUGGUCGCUGCAGUGGGCGGUGGCGUUGGCGGUGCUCUCGGCUCCCGCACAUCAUCAUCCUCCGGUGAUCCCAACGCGGGGGCGAACCCGGUGCAGCCACCAGAGCCAACAGACGCUCCCUUGGCCGUGUACCCGGGGACGCGGCUCGCGUCGAGCAACUUCACCGACCAGUACGGCAACGACAACUACAUGGUCAUCUACCAGGUCAACAGUGGCGCGCUCUACAUGUCGUCGUGGAACACGUCCGUGUCCAAGUGGGUUGUCUCUGUCGUCGCGGACGGCAAGACCAACGCCAUCAAGCUCGACGAGAUUGCGCUGGGGACGACGAUAUCGCUAGACACGUACUUUGACACACAGUCCCGCAUCAUGCACCUCUACUGGCUUGCGCCCAACGGCGUCCUCAAGUCCGCACGCCACGACGAGCUCGUCACCAACGACGACGCCGUCAAGGCCGCGUCGAAAUGGUACAAGGCCCCGGCAUCGGACCUGUAUACCGCCGCCCCGGGCUCGUCCAUCGUCUCCUACGGCAGGGAAUGCCUUGACCAGUCCUGCCCGGUAUGGUCGUACCUGAUCUGGCAGCGCGCCGACGCCUCCCUGCAGUCCGCAGGCCUGGACCCGGGGAAGCAGUGGGCCGCGCUGGGCACGGCGGGCCAGGGCAUCGCCAAGGCCGCGGACAACACGACCAUGGCCAUGGCGAUUGCCAUGGCGCGCCCUUCGGGAGGCAACAACACCGACACGCAGUUCCGCUCGCUGAGCAUCUUCUACCGCGAGGAGAGCGGCGUGCUGGCCCAGCUCAUCUGGGACCGGCGCACGCCCGAGGGCGGCUGGAACGGCAACAACCUGCCCCGCGGCGUCGGGCCCCGGACGGCCAUCGCCGCCUUCAGCACGGGCAACAACGACACCGACUCGUCGUUCCUGCCGCUCGGCUUCAGCGUGCUCACGGCCGACCCGGACGCCGACAGAGACGAGGUGCUGCUCACGUACUUCAAGGACGGGAGCUGGACGAGCGGAGCCGCCGUCGACAGCAUGGCCGACUGUGCGGGCCCUGCGAGCAUGGUGGCGAAUCAAGGGCGCAGGGUGUACUGCGUGGCCAAGCAGGGCGGUGGCGACGGGAGGAAAGUCGAGAUCAGGCAGUUCAGGUGGAAGGGCGACCCCGCGGACACGGGCAGUUAUCGCGACUAUGAAAUGACGACGCUCAACGCAGGUGCGGCGUGAUCUAAAGGCUCGUUCAGAGAGGUUGUCAAGUGUCUUGACCAGAGCCGUGGUCUUGAGUUUAUGAGGAGGGGAUGAUGUCACUCAUGGGACAGGAAGCGGGUGACUUUGAGCAUCAUGAAAGGGAUUGCUUCCAUUUGUUCUUUUCUGGG